AUGGAUAUUGGUAUUGAUGGACAUCAGAUUAAUGUUCCCAAAACGUUAUUCAACUCAUGCCAAUGUGCAUGCUGUUGCUCCAAUGUGAAAAAAAUCCACGAAGAGCGAGACAGUCUACACGAUGAGGAACAGAAUCUGGAGAAUCCAGACUCUCAAGAACGAAAAACUGCGAUAUCCGGUGGAGAAUCUCCCAAACUAUCGCCAGAUCUUCAAAAAUUAGAGGAUCCAUUGGAAGAUUCGGACGAUGAAAGGCCAAGAGCCCGCAGCGUAAGCGUCAGCAAUGCAGAUCUGGAAGAAAGAAAUCGCUUAGACAGUGUUUCAGAGUUGGAUAAGAGUCAAUUUAGUACUCACAGGUACACCAGACACGCGUCCAUAGAUCGUGGAAACGCGACGAUUGGAACAAAAGUUGGAAAUCCAGAAGACCCGAUUGAGAAAUAUUAUGAGAGAAAUAACUAUACCGUGACAGGUCGCGAUCGAGACUUCUACAAUAAGCUUCCCAGCCAUCUGCAACAUAGAAUGAGCACUCAUGGAGAUGGUAUCAGCAGAUACAGUAGUCCUGGAGCACUUGGCCAGCCCGUGAUUCCAACACUGCGACGAUUCGAUAAAUCCAUGUAUUGGUUUGCUUUUCAUAGGAAGCAAAUAGGAUUUCGGCACAUUUGUGUCGUAAUUUUGGUCCUUUUAUAUACGUUGCUGGGUGCUGCAAUGUUUUGGUCCGUGGAGAGUCGACAUGAAAAAGCAAAAACACUCCGACAUGUUCAUCAUCUCGAAGAGUUACUGGAAAAAUUGGCUGAGAAUAUGACUGAAUCUGUAAAUGAUAUUAACACGACAACUUCACAUUCAGAGAUGAAAGUUUAUAUUCGGGAAGCCUAUAUCGAACUAAUGAAACUGGAGGGGCAGUACAAAGGUAGCACUUACUACAAACUAGAAGAUCCGCAAAAUAACUGGAAAUGGACAUUUGAAAGUGCAUUUUUCUUCAGUAUGAAUGUAUACACAACUACUGGAUACGGAUCUAUUGCUCCUGAAUCAACACUCGGCCAAUUUCUUGUGUGCCUUUAUGGAUUCAUUUUUGUUCCAGUCACACUUGUGGUUCUUCGAGACCUGGGUCAAUUUUUUUUGGUUCAUCUGACGAAAUUGUAUGCAUUGGGAAUUCAGAAGUUUAGAGAACUGAACGGAGACAAGCACGUGGAUGAGGAUGAAAUCAUCAGUCUUCCAAUCAAAGCAUGUCUCCUCCUAUUAGCCGCUUAUCUCGGUGCUUGCACAGUUUUUAUUUAUUUCUAUGAUGAAUUAUCUGGAGAAGAGGCGGGAAGUGGAAUGUCCAUAUUUUUGUGUUUCUAUUUUUCAUUCAUUUCGUUAUCCACAAUUGGAUUGGGAGAUGUGAUGCCGAAUAAUGCAACGUUUUCCCCUAUCAUAUCGAUAAUUUUUUUCUUCGGAAUGGCCGUUACUAAAGUUGUCAACAGAAAUACAUUUAUCGCGGUAGAGAAUGGAAUAUUUGGUACUCUCACUCUCGUCGAAAAUAAGUUAGAUGGUAUUGUAACUCGACGAAGUGCAGCUGUAAAACCAGAAGACAAAGUCCCGUCUCCGAAAGUACAAAGGGCAUUCAGUAUGGAUGCAGACUCAGUUGCUCAGCCCGAGGAAGCGGCAAACGAGGUCUUGAACAAUUUCACUGUUCGCUCAAUUGCUACUUUCAUGAAAUCCAAUGCGGAUAUUUAUGGAGGAGGAUUCGGAAGAGUUCAAUUGAGAAGAGGAGACUUAAUGAAUACUGAUAAUCAGAUGACGGUGAACAGUGUCUCCCAGUUAAGGCACCGAGCACCAAGCCAAUCCAAUAAUAACAACAAUACGGGUGGUGGACAUAAUGUCUAG